AUGGCAGCUCACCGAGAAGGCGUGAAUCCCCUGAGGCCGUACUACAUACCUCCCACCAUCGGGCCCCCCGCCGAGGCGCUGAACAAAACCAGCCCGAGCCCGAACCCGUUUUCACAAGGCCGCAAUGUGACGGCCAGCGGGAGAUAUGCGACCAAGGCCCGUGAUAUGUUCUCCGACCUGGAAUACAAGGAAUAUUUGGGCGAUCCCUCGCCGUCCGUGGUCCAGAACGUCAAGGAUCUGAUUGAGGAGCUGAUGUGGAAAUACACAUCGGUUCUGAUGGCCCAGCCCUUCGAGGUGGCCAAGACGAUCCUGCAAGUCCGCAACCAGGAUGAAAAUGCUGCUCUUAUAUCCCCUGCAGAGCCCGAGGUUCUCAGAAAACGAACUUCCGUCAACGGCAGUUCAAUCUACGACUACCAAGAGUCAGACUCGGACGGCGACGAGCCAGCAUACUUUACCUCGAACGUACCGAGCACUCCUACUCCCUCGCACCCGAGGCGUCAAAAUGGCCGCCGAUCCCCGUCUCCUGCUAAAAGACCGGUCAUUCCGGAGCACUACCUCACUUUGCGCCGCUCCGACUCCGUUCUCGAGGUUAUCGGUCAACUGUGGGGGAAAGAGGGCGCGUGGGGCGUCUGGAAGGGGUCGAAUGCAACCUUCUUGUACACGGUUCUUCAGUCCCUGCUGGAGAAUUGGUCCAGAAGCUUCCUCAGCGCCAUCUUCAACGUCCCGGAUCUGGGAGUGAAGGAGGACAUUGAUCGGCUGAUCGACAUUGCUUCGCCGUAUCCUUGGUCCUCACUCUUUGUGGCCGCUGCCGCUGCGGUUGCCACCGGCGUCGCUCUGUCGCCGCUGGACUUGGUCCGCACCAGACUUAUCGUCACUCCAAGUGGGAAAGGGCCGCGCCGGACGCUGGCAACCCUCCGUGCCAUGCCCUCAUACCUCUGCUCCUCAAUGCUGGCGGUUCCCACCGUCCUCAACUCGCUGAUCCACCCAGUUCUCACCCUUUCAACUCCUCUCGUCCUCCGAACCCGAUUCAUGAUCGACAGCCAUGUCUCGCCCAUGACCUUCUCCGUGACCAAAUUCUUGGCCUCCUCUGCUGCGAUCCUAGUCAAGCUCCCUAUCGAGACUGCUCUACGUCGUGGCCAGGUGGCUCUUCUUUCCACCAGGGAAUACGUCCAGGCUCUCGGUGGCCCUGACCAUCCCUUCACAACCAUUGUUCCGCCAGGACGCUACGAAGGAGCCUUUGGCACUAUGUUCCAUAUCGUCACCGAGGAGGGCACGCGAGAGGUCCCGGUCAAGCCCCCUGUACCAAGGAAAGGCAAGGGACGGGCCAAGGCCAUUGCUCCCACUGUCACCAAGAAGGGCCAGGGUCUCGAUGGCCUCUGGAGAGGGUGGAAGGUCAGCUGGUGGGGUCUUGUUGGCCUGUGGACCGCCAGCGUUGUUGGACACGGUGGAGAGGGCGAGUUUUGA